ACGGUUUUUAGCUGAGUCAAUAAUUUUUAGAUUUUUUUUUCGACAACCCUUCUUCCGUUGGGGAUGGCUUCCUUUCCUUUCUUUUUUUUUCCUGAAAAAAACAAAGCUAUUAUAAAAUGUCAGCUCCCGCUCAGGAUCCCGUAGAAGACAUCACCCAAAAGGUCGAGGAACUUUUCUUUGAUGAUGCCGGUAAGCCCAUCACCAAGAAAGCUUUCAAGAAACUCCAAAAAGAUAAGGAGAAGGCCGAAAAGAAGGCUGCUACUGCUGCCAAGAUUGCUGCUGAAAAAGCUGAAAGAGACGCCGCUAAUGUCGAUUAUUCUACCGACCGUUACGGAAAGCUCCCCAUGAAUCAAUCUCAAACUCGCACAGGUACCAAGUACGAGGAUAUUGAUACAAUUGACGCCUCUCGUGCCGGUGAAACUGUCACUGUCCGUGUUCGUGUCCAAACCUCUCGUGCCACCGGUGGUAAGAUGUGCUUCUUCGUUUUCCGUCAAAAUGUUUCUACCAUUCAAGGUAUCAUUACUGUUGAUGAGGAGCAUAUUUCCAAGCAAAUGGUCAAGUUCUGUGUUGGUAUCUCUGCGGAAUCCAUUGUUUUAGUUCAAGGUAAGAUCGUUAAGCCUGUUGAGGAAGUAAAGAGCUGUACCGUUAGCUGUGCCGAACUUGCGAUUGAAAAGAUCCAUAUUGUUUCUGAUGUCAAUGUCCGUCUUGCUUUCUCUUUGGAUGAUGCCACUCGCCCCGAGUCUUCUUAUGAUGAAGAUUCUCAACUUGCUCGUGUCAACCUUGAUACCCGUCUCAACAACCGUGUGCUUGAUCUUCGUACCACCACCAAUCACGCUAUUUUCCGUUUACAAUCUGCUGUUUGUUUGCUUUUCAGAGAGUUCUUGACCGAACGUGGUUUCAUGGAAAUUCACACACCCAAGUUGAUUGGUGCUGCCUCCGAAGGUGGUUCCAAUGUCUUCAAGGUUAACUACUUCAAGACCAAUGCUUUCUUGGCACAGUCUCCCCAACUUUACAAGCAAAUGUGUAUUGCUGCUGAUUUUGGUAAGGUGUUUGAAAUUGCUCCUGUCUUCCGUGCUGAAGAUUCCAACACCCAUCGUCACAUGACUGAAUUCAUGGGUCUCGAUAUGGAAAUGGCUUUCAAUGAGCAUUAUCAUGAAGUCUUGGAAGUUUUGGAAGAGCUCAUUGUUUACUUAUUGUCCAACCUUAAGUCUCGUUAUGCCAACGAAAUUGAAAUUAUCAAGAAGCAAUAUGAAUUCGAAGAUUUCGAGUUCUUGCCCAAGACUCUUCGUCUUCCUUUCAAGGAAGGUGUCAAGAUGUUACAAGAAGCUGGUGUUGAAGUUGGUGAAUUCGAAGAUUUGAGCACUGCCAAUGAAAAGUUCUUAGGUAAGCUCGUGAAGGAAAAGUAUCACACCGAUUUCUAUGUUCUCGAUAAAUUCCCCUUGGCCAUUCGUCCUUUCUAUACCAUGCCUGAUCCCGAGAACCCUGGUUACUCCAACUCUUAUGAUUUCUUCUUGCGUGGUGAGGAAAUUUUAUCCGGUGCCCAACGUAUCCAUGAUGCUGAUUACUUGACCGAACGUGCAAAGGCUCAUGAAGUUGAUAUUUCUACCAUUCAACCUUAUAUUGAUGCUUUCAAGAUUGGUGCCCCUCCUCAUGCUGGUGGUGGUAUUGGUUUAGAACGUGUUGUUAUGCUUUUCCUUGGUCUCGGUAACAUUCGUCGUUCAAGCUUGUUCCCUCGUGACCCCAAGCGUCUCGAACCUUAAAUAGUUUAAUUCGUUAAAAAAAAUAACUUUUUUGUAUAAAAUGUAAUAUGACAAUGU